AUUAGAAAUGAGCUAAUACGUAUUGCACACCUCCUUCUUGUAAGUGUAGUUGUCUUUUUAAAAUAAUCCAGCGCAAAUCAACUUUCCACCACAAUAGAAUAACCGAGAGAACAACUUGUGUUCCAUAUUCUAUAUAGGUAAUAUUAACUCCAGCGAGACUUCUGUUGGCUCCAAAUUAUGUCAGAUUUCAGCAGAGGCUUAGUUUAAAACAGGCUGACAUAAAUGUUGCACACACAACAGCAAAGAUCCCAUAAAGAUCCCUAGAUCGUACCGAGGCGUUAAAAAUGGCGCUCUUUUCGAACUGACCCGUUAUUCAAAUUUAUCAACCUUUAGCCUGUGCUUUAGCGAAGUUAUCAUGUAAUCAAUUUUACACAAAACGUUCACAAAUGGCUUAUGUAACAGAGGAAUUGUAAUAUAUGACACAAAUGUUUAGCAGUAAGUUUGCAGAAAACUUCUAAUCACGGUGUCUAUUUCACUAGUGGUUGUGUAAAUAACUCUAGAAAUGCGUCUUGUUUUCAAAGUGGAAACAGUUAGUAACCUUGGUCCAUUAUGUAACUAAUUGUUGACCUUAAAGAUACACAGUUUUUCCGCAUCUUGCGAAAUUACCGAAUCUCGCAAAAAGUUAGGUUAAGAUGAGCAAUCUGAACAAAUCGUUGAAUUUUUACUUAAAGAGAGGGAUAUCAUGUAGAAAUUUGUCAUUUUUGACUCGCAAAGUUGACGACAAUUCCAAACGGAACAGUGUGGUUAAAGAAGCUGAACGAGUUGUUGGUUAUCCAACAUCAUUUCUAAGCCUCAGAUGGAUUUUAAACGACGAAAUUGCAAAUGUUGCCACUCAUAUCAGGAAAUUAAUCGGAACAAAUCACCCCCUCCUUAAAACAGCAAAAAAUUUAAUUCUAAGGAAUGAACAACCGACUUGGGGUCUUAUUGUACUUCUGGUGUCAAAACUGGCCGGCUUAAACUCAAAAUUUUCUGAACUCGAGUGUGACAGAACUGCUGAUAUUUUACACAGCCAAAGGAUAAUUGCGGAAGUCACAGAAAUGAUAAGAACUAGUCACUUGAUUCACAAAGGCCUUAUCAACCUCGAACCUCACGAUAAAAACUUCUCCGACUUGAAUUUCGGCAACAAAUUAGCUUUAUUAUCUGGAGAUUAUUUACUCAGUAGUAGUUUUAAUGAAGUCGCAAAACUGAAAAACUUUCACGUACAAGAGACAAUUUCGUCCACUUUGAGAGACUUGGCUGAGUCAGAAUUCAUUGGUUUGAGGAACAAACACAACGAACCAAUCCCGUCCAAACCACUUCCUGUGCAAGAAAAUAUUAACAUACCACUUGAAUUUGGAGUCAAACCGUUUAAAUUAGAGCACGUUUUGGGUAAUAUGAGGGCAGAAUGGACCCUCAGAAAUGUUUUAUCAGGCGGUAGUUUACUUGGAAAGUGUUGUCAAUGUGCAUUAAUUUUGGCAAAUCAUGAGUCUCGAGUCCAGGAAUUGGGGUAUAGUUUUGGGAGGAAUUUAGCCUUGGCCUGGCAGGCGGCUUUAGAAAAAGAACUCUUUAGGGAAGAAAAAUUUAGUCUAGUUUCAGCACCUGUAAUGCUUCACCUCGAAACUGAUUCGAGUUUUUACAAAGAAAUAGAAAAGGGGUUGUCUGAAGACCAUGAAAUAAAUUACGAUCAAGUGAGGAAAAUUGUGCUAGGGGGGCCUGGUUUGGAGAAAACCGCGCAGUUGCAAAGCGAAUUCACAGAGGAGGCCUUGGACACUCUUGACAAGUUCCCUAAUAAUGAAUCAAAGGUGGCUCUAGUCAAUAUAGUCAAUUCGUUGUAAACCAA